AUGGCCCAGUCCCCUCCUCUGCAGGGCCUCCUCGGCCACGACCACUGGAUCUUCCCGCAGGGUUGGGGCUGGACCGGCCACUCGGACUCGACGUCCCCGGCCUCCUCCUCGGAUUCGUCGGGCUCCUGCCCCUGCGACCGUGCCCGCGGCCCCUCACAGCCGGCGCCGCCUGCCCGCAGCGCCUCACAGGCCGCCUCGAUGGCACCCGGACGUGCGCGGAGCCGGUCAGGAGGCGGGCAGCGGCAGAGCGCCAGUGAGCGUGAGAAGCUGCGCAUGCGCACGCUCGCCCGCGCCCUGCACGAGCUGCGCCGCUUUCUGCCGCCGUCCGUGGCGCCCGCCGGCCAGAGCCUGACGAAGAUCGAGACGCUGCGUCUGGCCAUCCGCUACAUCGGCCACCUGUCGGCCGUGCUGGGCCUCAGCGAGGAGAGCCUGCAGCGCCGGCGCCGGCGGCACAGCGACGCAGUGCUCCCUCGAGGCUGCCCGCUGUGCCCCGACGGCGGCCCCGCGCAGACGCAGACGCAAGGGUGCGGCCCUAGCUCAGCCGCUAGCGCCACGGUGUCCUGGGGGUCCCCGCCCGUCUGUCCCGGAGCCCUAGCGGCGCCCGAGCGCCUGGGGAGCAGUGUGUCUGAUAUGGGUCCCUGGGUGACACUCCCUUACUGCCCCGGGAUGCAGUCGCCCCCGCAGCUGUCCCAAGGGAGAGCCCCUGACGCGGCUCGUUGGACGCCGCCCCAAGCCUGUUCCGGAACGCAGACACCCCCAGAGCCCCGGGACCAGGCCACGCCCUGGACCUCGCCCCCCGCAAUGGAGCUGGCUGCAGUGUACCAGGUACGCGCCCAGGCUCUCUCCGCUUCCCUCGGAGUGGUCCCCAGGCUUCGAUUGGAAACGGAGGGGGGAAUCUCUAUGUCUCCAGAGCCUUGUCUGUUGCCAGAAACCCCUCCUGUCCUGCCCCGCCCAGCAUGCCAGAGACUCCAGCCUGAGACCCAGUGGGGAUGCUGGAGCCACAGUGCAGAGGUGCUGCCCAGCUCGGAGGACCAGGGACCAGGCCCCGCCUUCCAGCUCAGUGAUGAAAGCCCUCCCCAGAGCUCAGGCCUACAGCUCAGUGGCUGCCCUGAAUUUUGGCAAGAAGAUUUGGAGGGGACUCACCUGGGCAUCUUCUACUAAUGGCCUUGGCUGCCCCCUUUCCAGCCAGGAAUCAGGCCUGUAGCGUGGGGUGUCCUCCUCACCUGCUACUUCACUAGUAUUCAGGCUUUGUUUUAGCCAAGGAUCCCUUUUCCAAGUGAUGUCUUUCAUGGAAGCAGUGUUUGAAACAGCUAAGGGUGGCCUCCCUGGCUGAAGUCGGGGCUGGGGCAGUCCCUCCACUCCUAGACACCCCCCAGAACGACCAGUGUUCUGUAGAGCACAACCUAAGCUGCAGUAACAUGGGU